AUGGAUUCAGAAGCUCAUCGAGCAUCGGUGAUUGGCAACGCUAUCGAAGAAUAUCGCUUACAAGAACAGUUGACUGAAGCCGAAAAGCUUCAAGAUGGUUUAAUUGAACUUGAUGGCUCUAGAAGUAUUACUCGUAAUUCGAUGGAUCUUCUUCAAGCAACCGAUAGGCAUAGAGAAGACCAUAGAAAAAGAAAUCCAAAUAUCGAAAACGCAGAUAUUAUCUCGCAAUUCAAGAAAUUUGAUACGAAUUGCGAUGGACAUUGGUCAACAACAGAAAUGGAUCAAUUUAUUGAUGAUUCUGAAAUCGACAAAAAAAAGUGGGAGCAAGCUGUACAAGCGUACAAGCUCGAUAGUUUAUCAGACGAUGGUCUUUGCUUAGAAGGUUUUCAACGAAUAAUGGAGUUGUAUGGCUAA